UUAUCUGAAGUCCUCUGUUGGUGGGUUAUUUAGUCAGAGUUGAGGAUUGCUAGAGAGGUGGUGUUAGUGGGGUUACCGUGGGCAAAGAAGAAAGAAAGAAAGAAAGAGGCAAUAGCAAUUCUUUUUUUCUUUUGAAAUUCCAAAUUUAAAGUUGCUCCAGGUUGGACUCCAGCAUGUCACAGACACCCUCCGGAUUCACAUACCCAAAACCUCAGCAGGGAUCUGGAUUCCAGCAGCAGUAUGAGGGUGCCUCCUAUGGACAACAACAGCCAUACACUGUGGGUGCUGGACAUCAGCCAGUUAUGGUUGGUGUCCAGCCCACUGUCUAUGUGACACAGAGACCCCUGGGUAACCCGGCCAACGACUACCUGGGCUACUCCAUCUUCACCAUGCUGUGCUGCUGUCUGCCCCUGGGAAUUGCUGCCCUCAUCUACUCCAUUUCAACUCGGGAUGCCAACAGUGCAGGUGACCAGGCAAAGGCGGAGAGUAGCAGCAGGACGGCAAGGAUUUUAAACCAUGUGGCCCUGGGAAUCGGCCUCACCGUCAUCAUCAUUGCUAUUAUUCUGAUUAUAAUUGGGGCAACUACAGCUGGAGCUGUUUAACCGCUUGAAAACCUAAAUCAUAGUUCCAAAUCCUUCUGAGGAAUUUAUUUCAGGCAAUGAAACCACAACAUGAAAUUAAAAUGCAUCAGAUGAUUUUUAUUGGACAUUUGUUAUCCAUAAAGCAUUUUAUUGGCCCCUGCAAACUUAAAUUUUGUUAGUUACAUCGCUGCAAGAAGCCAUGUCUUGUGUGUAGUUCGACAAUACAAGUUAAUUUAUAGCUCGAGGGACACUUCAUAGACUGCAUGCUUCCACCAUGGCACAACAAAUUACCCUAAAGUGCAUUUCCAAAACAUCCAUAUUUUUUGAGGAACCUUAUUCAGUGAGCAGUACAUAUUGGAAAAAUACUCUU